AUGGUGGCCCUGGUGACAAUCGCCGGUGGCACUGCUGGUGCCAUUUCUGGUGGUCUGGCUGGUGGUGGUGUCACCGGUGGCCCUGCUGAUGGUGGCCCUGGUGACAAUCGCCGGAUCACCAUCAACAAGGACACGAAGGUGCCCAACGCCUGCCUGUUCACCAUCAACAAGGAGGAUCACACGCUGGGGAACAUCAUCAAGUCGCAGUUACUGAAAGACCCCCAGGUGUUAUUUGCAGGGUACAAGGUCCCGCACCCGCUGGAACACAAAAUUAUCAUCCGGGUCCAAACCACCCCGGAUUACAGCCCCCAGGAAGCUUUCACCAACGCCAUCACGGAUUUGAUCAGCGAGCUUUCCCUCCUGGAAGAGAGGUUCAGGGUUGCUAUUAAAGACAAACAAGAAGGAAUUGAGUAAAAUCACCCCAUUUAGAGUGGACUGUGCUUCUGAGGCAGAAUGACAUGUCUGUUUGUUAGCUGAAUGCUAUAUUUAAACUUCCAUUCAUGGCAAAUAUUUUCCCCCUUCUCCCACUUAUGUUUAAUUUUUGACAGCAGCAGUGACAUUCUGAGGUGAUUUUUUUUUUUCUACUAGACAGGCACUUUGCCAAGAGGAUAAAUGUCUUGUUUGAUUUGAUGGAUAAAACUCAUUAAAAUUAUUUCUACUUUUCCAA